GCCCCACUUUUAUUUCCAUUUCUCGGCAAACUCCAAACUCUUCUUCAGUUCCCUCUGCCUCUUCUGUUUUACACACACCACCGCUUUCUCUCUUCUCUCUCUGCAAGAUCCAAACUUUAAGUGUAUGUGUUUGAAUUCUCCUCUCUUUCUAACAAGAACGAGUCAGAAGUGGGUCACGGUCAAUGGUUUUAGGUGAGAAAAAAACUCGAACCUAGCCGCAACACAACACCUAUCAAUACCAUACCAUAACCAUUUCUUUUUUACCGUUCCAAGCUUUUGCUUUCGACCCAUUAUUACUUCUGUUAAUGGGUUUAAAACCCAAUUAAAAAGUUCGAAUCUUGUCGAUUAUCCAUGUUAGGAGAAGAGAGUAACUACAACAACAACGACCGCGGCGGCGGUCACCGGAGAACAACACAUUCCCGAUCAGUUUCCUGGACCGACCGGUCUCCGGUUACCCGGAAACCGCCGCGUCCGCUUCAGCCUCUCGCCAUCAACAAACGCAGCGUUAUGGAGUGGCCGAGCGCCGGCUGCGACGAUCUCGGCGAUUGGUCUCUUCCACCGACCCCAAGAGGUUCCACCAUAACACCAGAUUCGGGUUCGGGUAAAGUAUUUCAAUUCAAGAAAGACUAUUAUGCGUUCUACGACAAGGAAUGUUCGAGAAUCGCGGAGCACGUGUACCUGGGGAGUGACACGGUGGCGAAGAGCCAGGAGCUGCUGCGGCGGCACGGAAUCACGCACGUGCUCAAUUGCGUCGGGUUCGUGUGCCCCGAGUAUUUCAAAACAGACUUCGUCUACAAAACGCUCUGGCUGCGGGACUCACCCUCGGAGGACAUCACCAGCAUUCUCUACGACGUUUUCGAUUACUUUGAGGAUGUCCGCCAACAGGGCGGGCGCAUGUUCGUCCACUGCUGCCAGGGCGUCUCGCGGUCGACCUCGCUGGUCAUCGCCUAUCUCAUGUGGAGGGAAGGCCAGAGCUUCGAGGACGCGUUCCACUACGUCAAGAACGCGCGUGGCGUCACGAACCCCAACAUGGGCUUCGCGUGCCAGCUGUUGCAGUGUCAGAAGCGGGUGCACGCUAUGCCUGCGAGUCCCAGUUCUGUUCUCAGGAUGUAUAGGAUGGCUCCUCAUUCUCCUUACGACCCUCUUCAUCUUGUCCCUAAGUUGGUAGAUCAUCCUUCCCCUCGCGCGCUUGAUUCGCGUGGCGCGUUUGUUGUGCACGUGCCCUCUGCUAUAUACGUGUGGAUUGGGAAGGAGUGUGGCUCCGCAAUGUGUUGCAAUGCAAGAUCAGCGGCUGCUCAGGUUGUUCGGUAUGAGAGAGCAACGGGGGAGAUUGUUAGUGUGGUUGAGGAUGAAGAGCCGAAGGAGUUUUGGAUUGCUCUUUCUACCAAGGAAGUGGUGGUGGAGACUAUGGAGAUUGAUGUGGGGAUUCGUCCCAGGAGAGUUGAGGAGUAUGAUUUAGAUUAUGGGAUUUUUCAUAAGGCGCUUGCUGGUGGGGUUGUUCCACCUUUUUCUUUGUCUAAUGCUGGAUCCGAAAAUUGCCUUCCCGCUAGAGAAAAUGGGUGGGGGAGAUUGACUAGGAAGCUUGCUAGUGGUAUCAUGAAAGGCUUGUUUACAUCCUCUAAGUGCUGUGAGUCUAGUGUGAACAUCAUUGAAGAGGGGAAUCAACAUAUGAAUGUUGAUCCUCUUCCACCUUCUUCCAACAAUGUGGGUGGUUCGCGGGGUUCCUUUGAGUGUUUUGGCUCGGAGAGGGGAAAGGAUAAUGUUCAAGUCAGGGAUCAGUUUGUUGUCCCUAGUGUUGUUGGUUCAUCAAUGCCGCUGCCACCAUCGCCUCAUCAUCGAGCAUCCGAUUCUUUUGCUUGUUUUCUAAGGAGCAGCCCCAAAUUCAGUUCCAACUCCCCAACUCUGUCGCCCACCAGUUCGGAUUAUGCAAGUUCCUUUACAUUUUCGCCUUCAUCGACUGACUUGUCAAUUGUGUCUUCUCGGCAGCUAUCCCCUUCUGGUCUGGAAUCAGCUGAACCCGCUCAUGUGAAAGACGCAUCUUCCUCAGAGUUUCGCUCCUUAGUUAAGAAAGAAGGUGAGACAUUUCUGGCUAAUCACACCUUGGUAGGAGCAAAGUCCAGUUUGCGGCGCAAAGGAACUUCCCUCUCCAUUGCAGAGCGCAGAGGGAAUAACCCCCCACCUCGCAUGUUGCUACCCUCAGCCAGCGAAUCAUCCCGUGCCAGCAAGGUCCGGGUAAGAUCCAGGUCAUUCUCAUUGCCUGUCUUGGAUGAUACUUUGAUGAAGGAUGUUAGUUGCAAGCAAAUCUAACCGUGAAAACAGUGGGAAAACGGCUAAUAUGAGAUGUUGAUAUUAUUAGUAUAGCUGUUGAGAGUAAGGUUAAUGGCAGAGGAUCAUUGUAAUAUGGUACUGUGUCUUGUUAAGGUAGGUUGUUAUGCUUGAAGUAGAAGACUUCUAAGAGAAAGUUAACUUUAUUACAGUGGUUCAGUUUCUUCCUGUAUAGGUAAUAUAGCCAUAGUUGGCUCAAAUGAUCUAGUUUUAGAGGUGAACUUUCACUCCUGUUUGAAUAUUGGUGCAUGCCUGCAGGGUGUAGUGUAGGCUGAGCAAUAAAAACCACACCAAACAUGCAGGCAAUGCACUGAUAGCAUCUCAAGUACAUAACAAUUAUCAAAUUUAAGUGAAUAUAGAGUCUAUUUUUCUCUUU